UCGCCAGAAUUGACCUAACUAUCCAGCACGACACAUUUUUUCGAGUGUCGUGCUGAUUUCGGGCAUUUAACAUUAUGCGCACACGUUUAAACGCCAGAACUCUGUUUAAAAACGAUAUCAAAGCAUAGGACUAUAAUAUACAUUAUGUUCUGUCGUGAUUUAUGCCUUCGUAUAAUCUGCCGCCAAGUCGCCGGUCUCACUCACAAAUUUACAAUCAGCUCACUGGCGACUCCGAAUCCCGAAUAGCCUCGACAGUAUAGAUAUACUGUACUACGAUGUGGCUGACUGUGCUUUGUGGGUGAGAACAUUGUCGACCUGCGCACGAGUGUCACGAGUGUGUGCAUUUCGCAUUCAUAUAACGUGGAUAUUGCGAUCGUGAGCAGUAUAAAAAGUGAGAACUGUGAAAGAGGUUCGACCAGCGCUUGACUUCUCAAUUCUCGAUUCCAACAUUACGCGUAAUCCGUCGUUGAUCCAUCAGAUGCAAUGACAGAUCAAGCAAUGGCACAGGGUGAAGUCAAGUUGACUGAGGAACAAUUAAAUCAAAUCACUAGAGAUAUACAUUAUACUUUAACUCAUUCAGAGGGCAAUAAACUUUAUGCACGUUUUCUUGAACAUAAUGCAGCAGUCUACCCAAAUUGUCCAGAACUUUUAAAAUGUUUGGAAACAUAUAAUACUUGUUCAAAAUAUUUGAAUAAAGAGCAGAAUCAAUCGGUUGAAGGAAAUUUGUCGACAGAUUCAUUAGAAUUUCUCUUCACUAAAGUUGAAGAAAUAAAAAAGACUGUCAAAAACAUAGAUGUCUCUGAAAUAGACCUUGAUCUUAUGACAAAAUUCGAGAUUGCCUUGAAAGAAAAAAAAACGAAAGAAGCCUUACUUACUGUAUUAGACGAAACAAAAACGCGAUGUCAACAUGCUUUAUCUGGGGAAAUAUACAGACAUUUUACAAAUUAUAUAAUUUCGCGGAAUUACUCAAGUUAAAAUUAAUUUUCAGAAGAUGUACGCCUCAAAGAACUAAGGCUGAAUCAUUUUUGAUCUGGACUCUAAUAGAUAUUUGAAAAUUUGGCAUGUAAAUACAGCAGUAUUUAUAAAGCAGGAAUUCUCUGUAUAAAAUAAUCAUAUAAAAGAAUCAAUUUUAUAACAGUUGCAAAGUUAUUUUUGUCUGCGAUCUUUAAAUUAAUCUUAUAUAAUAUUUAGUAUUUUUUUAAAUAUAUUUAAUACUGUGUAUCAUGGCAACGGGAAAUACCUCAAUAAAGUGAUCUUGUCAACAAGCACGAGCGGUUCCUGCAUUUUAUCCUUCCUACUAUCAGUGAAGUCGUAUUAUAAUUGGCAAAUGUUGAACGUAACGCAUGCAGAAGUGUCUGGGAAAAGAUAUAUCACAAUUAAUGAAAUUCGUGAUAUCAUCCGAAGAUUGGAAGUUAGCUUGAAAUGUUCGCGGGAUUUGGAAGCUGCCAGAUUCCUGCGAUAUUCCACCUUGAAAUCUCGCGAUAAAAUUCUAACGGACGAUCUGAAGAAGAUUAAAACGCGAAACAAACAGAUGUUAAAUUUAUUUCGACAAAGCGUCACGGAUGUUCAGCUUGGUUCUCUCGAUAUAUUGCCGGAAACUCUGAGAAGACAAGUGCAAAAAACAUGGCAUCAGAAAUACGAUACUCUAUUAUCUCAGAACGAGCAAUUAAAGAAACAAAUUAUUGCUACAAAUUGUGCGAUAAAACAGAAACAGAAAGAAAUCGAUAUGUUGGAAGAGAGAUUACUCAUUGCAGGAAACGUUGUAAAUCUUAAAGGGAACACUGAAAAGAUUUGCAGAAAAUUCUGACAAAUAAAACAUAAAAUAUAUACGUGAGAGAGAAAAAUGCAUAAAGUAACAAGAUUAAUGUAAACUGCAAAUUUUAAAAGCAAGAUAAAAAAUUCUUGAAUAAAAUAAAAUAUAUAUGACUAUUAAAAGAAUUAAUUAUUUAAGUAAACAAAUAUGUAUAAUAUUAAAGGCAAAUAUCAAUAUAUGCUUGUUAGAAAUAUUGCGUCGGAAAAAAUUAUUUAUUUCUUUAAACAUUAUAUCUUUUAGAUUAUGCAAUAAUGACAUUUCAUUCAGUUAAAAAAUUAAAUUAAAAAAGAUUAUUCUGUUUGUUCCACCGAUACAUUUAGAAUUAGUCAACAAUUUUUAAACCUUUAGACAAGAGAUGCAAACAAAAAAAAUCAAAUUUGAAUAGAAUUACAUAUCGAAAAUUACGGGAAUUGUUAGAAACAGCUUGCAUAUUCCUGUCCGUUCAUCGUGAUCAGUCUGAUUCUUUGAUACAUCUGUCGUCGUUUGGUCGAAAUUAUAUUAAGAAUCCAAUUAAAAAGUAGUAAAUUUUCCGGUCUUUUGAAAGGUACAGAUUAUGUAUGGGUCACUGAAGACACUGUUUCUCUGUCCGUUAUUAAUAUCUUAAUGAUAUUGAAGAAGGUCGCGAGAAACUUGAACACGAUAUUCUUAGAUUUCGUAAAUAAUCGCGUUGUUUCAAAGGCCGCUGGCACAACGCUUGAAAAGUUAUCUUCGAGGACAGAAUUCGGUUAUUAUUUUUGGGAAAAAAGCGAGAAGGUAGACUUGAAAAAUAGGAUCAGAUAACUGGAAUGUGUAAAUGUUAAUUGCUACGAAUCCUACGAAGAUAUCUCUGGUGAAUCCUUCAGAAAAACUUUGGAAAAUGUAUGCAACAAAUUGUUGCCUGAUAAUCACAAAGCUGCGUGGGAAAUUCUUGUUGGAGGAUGCUGUAUAAAGUCCAAAUAUCGUGUUAAAAAAAAUCAUUUAUUACCUGAGAAGUGUUUUAGUACAAAUAUUCAAAAGAUUCCUGUAAUAUUUCGUGUUCAUCAUUCCCUUGGGGUGGUUCUUGUCGAUGAUCUAUUAACUAUCUAUGAUCUAUCUUAAAACAGUCGUUGAGGAAAAUGUAAAGAAAGAAAUGAGAGUAAAAAUCAAAGAUAUCUCGGCAGAUGAGGGUGAUUAAUUCUCUAACUUUUUAAUAACAGUGAUAGAGCCAAUACUCUUGAAAAAAAUGCCCCAGUGAGUACAAUAAUGUUUAAAAAAUAUUAAUUUUUUUAAUGUUUGAGAAACAUUUUUAAAAACAUUUUUUAAAAAUUUAAAUAGUGGGAUAAGUUUUUCUCAUAAAAAAAAUUUUUAUUUUACAUUAAAAAAUAUUCUUUUAUUAUUUUAAUAAACAUUUAUUUAAAACUAUUUUAUAAAUAAAAUUUUUCAAUAACAUAUUUUCUAUAACAUAUUUUACGAUGUAUAAAUAUCUUGUGUUUGUCAGAAAGAGAAUCCAAAAUUAUAUUUCUAUUGAUCAAUUUAGUAUUGCAUAAUAUGUUUAAUUUUAUUAAUUUUGUUUUAUGUGUGUGUGUGUGUGUGUGUGUGUGUGUGUGUACUUUUUGUGAUUAGUAUAGUAUUACAUCUCGAUAGCGUAUUUUUCAGUUUUUAACAAAAAAAUUGAUGUAUUUUAAGUAUCAAACAAACAUACUUGAAAAACUAUACAUGACUCAAAAUUACAUAUUUUAUAAAAAUAGUAGAUAAAUAAUCUUAAAGCACUAGACUGUGUGUAUCAUAUGAUACAAUAUAUGUAUUACUGUCUAUCAAAAUUACAAUGAUCUAGCUAUAUCAUAUUAUCAAAUAAAACAUUAAUAUUUGAUAAAUGAUAAAAUAUUGACAUGACAAACAUACAACAAUGAUAUAAUACAGAGAUAAGUAAUAAGUCUAUAUCCGUAUGCCACAUAAUCAAGCCCAUAAAAAGACGUUUAGAGUCAAAAA